ACUUAUGCAGACUCCUCUGUCUGAAGAGUGAACAGUGAACGCCUUCAGGUUGACACUGUGGUGUUCCAGAGUAAACUUUUGUCUUUUUUGACAUGGACAUCAGCGAAAGUGAGAUGGAGGAAGAUGAGAGCGAGUGGAAAACUUGCUUCAUGGAUCUAGCUGCGCUCUGCCCCGCUACCUCUGCAGCUGCAGCUUCUGAGUCAACCAUCAAAACUCCCGAAUCUGCACAAAAAGUUAUUUUGCAUUUUGACCUUGAUUGCUUUUAUGCUCAAGUAGAAAUGAUCAGAAAUCCAGCUCUAAGAGAUGUUCCUUUAGGUAUACAGCAGAAAUACAUCAUAGUCACCUGUAACUAUGUGGCCAGGGAGCAGGGCGUCACCAAGCUGAUGUCUGUGACUGAUGCUAAGGAGAAAUGUCCUAAACUGGUGCUGGUGAAAGGAGAAGACCUGACACACUACAGAGAAAUGUCCUACAAAGUCACAGAGGUCCUAUUGUCGUAUUGUCCUCUGGUAGAAAGGCUUGGAUUUGAUGAAAACUUUGUGGACGUAACAGAGUUGGUUGAACAGAGGCUUGCCCAGACAUCACAGCCGGACAGCCUUUCAUUUAAAGGACAUGUCUUCAAUCAUUCCAGUGCAGAUGUUAAAGGCAGCGACCACCCGGGGCUGGCCAUAGGUUCACACAUUGCAGCAGAGCUAAGAGAGGCUAUCCAUAGCAAGCUCGGCUUGACCGGUUGUGCUGGCGUCGCCACAAACAAGCUGCUUGCCAAACUGGUUUCAGGCACCUUCAAACCAAACCAGCAGACUGUUUUACUGCAGGAGAACAUCGGGGAUAUCAUGGGCUGUCUGAGUGGCCUCAGAAAAGUACCUGGCGUUGGCCACCAAACUGCAAAGAGACUUCAAGCUUUAGGAUUAAUGAGUGUAAAAGACUUGCAGAUCUAUCCACUGAAUGACUUAGCGAAGGAGUUUGGGGGCGGCACAGCCCAGCGCUUAAAAAACCUGUCCCUGGGCAUUGAUGACUCAGCCGUCACGCCCACUGGGGCCCCUCAGUCUCUCAGUGAUGAAGACUCCUUUAAGAAAAUGUGUUCAGUGAAGGAAGUUAUGGAAAAGAUUCAUGAGCUCCUCAUCAGUCUGGUGGAGAGGAUGCACAAAGAUGGCCGGCAGCCUCAAACCUUCAGGCUGACAAUACGAAAAUACUCGGCGACCAACAAGUGGUUUAGUCGGGAGAGCCGCCAGUGUCCGAUCCCAGGCAGCACCGGACAGAAGAUCCUCUCUGGGAACACUGAUGACUCUGUGUCCCAGCUGCUCCCACUGGCUGUGAAGCUUUUCCAUAAGAUGGUGGACUGCAGCGCUGCCUUUCAUCUCACACUCAUUAACGUCUGCUUCAGUAAUCUGAGCAAAGGGCCUGCUGUGAGCGUGAAGGGCUCCAUAACAUCAUUCCUCACCCAGAACUCAUCACCCAGAAAAUGCCAGGUAUCAUUCUCACAAAACCAGAAAAAUUCAUCCCAAAACUCUGAGAGUUUCCUCUUGGGCCAUCAGGUUAACUCAUGCAGCAGGAUUGCUCCAGCAAAUAAUAAAGUCACCACAAAAGACACUUGUGGGCAAUCAUUACAUGUGUUAGGACUGGAACAAAGCUCUGUUUAUGCUGCUGAGGAAAACCAUCAAGCAUCCUGCAGCACAGAGAGAAUCAGUUCUAAUGAAACCAAACCACCACCAAAUGUUGACCCGGAGGUUUUUAAGCUCCUUCCAGAAGAAAUCCAGAAGGAAAUUUUGUCUCCUUCUUAUUUUAAAUCCCAGCCAAGCCCCUCAGCGUCUGAGACCCACCACAUGUCAACAAACAAGCCUCAAGAAAAAGAUUUACCAAUGAAAGUGGAGUCAUCUAGUAUGAAUCAGCCUUGGCCGGCAGGAGUACAUGUAAAUCACGGAGAAAACGUCACGGAGAACUUAUCGCUCCCCCAGUCAUCUGACUGUAACUUCCCGGGAAAUGUAGACCCCAAAGUGUUUUCUGAACUUCCUCCAGAAGUUCAGAAGGAGCUCCUGGCUGAGUGGAAGCAGCAGAAGCCGAUUUUGAAAACUCCUUCUUCAAGAAAAACAGGAAAAGCCUCGACCUCCAAAGGCAAAGAUAGAAAGGCUGAAGGGAGAGCCAGUCAGUCCAAUAAUCUGUUCAAGUAUUUCAAACCUGGUUAGAGGGG